UCACACCAGCAGUUCAUGAUAUCUCAACCCCAGUAUAUGACGAGCAACGGUCCGGUCCCUCAUUGCGAUCCCUAUUUCUUCCCCACCGCUAAUGGUGUGGAAAAGCAGCCCAAGUGACAUUGCGAUUCACAUAAAGGAUGUGUUUGUGAUUUUGGACAUUACGAAGACUUAACCAAUGGCGACAUAUGCAAAUAUAAUGGUUACAUAACGUAUUACUAUGAUGAAUCGUGGGAUGGCUUUUGGUAUUGGGCGUGGAUUUUCAUAGUCAUCCCGAUUAUCGCCUGCACUUGUAUUGGGAUAUGUGUGCGAAGGCGUCGAGAUCUGUCCCGUCGGUCACACCAGCAGUUCAUGAUAUCUCAACCCCAGUAUAUGACGAGCAACGGUCCGGUCCCUCAUUGCGAUCCCUAUUUCUUCCCCACCGCUAA